GCGGGGCCGGCGCGGGCGCAGAGGCGUCACGCACUCCAUGGUAACGACGCUCGGCCCGAAGAUGGCGGCCGAGUGGGGCGGAGGAGCGGGUUGCUCGGGCUCAGGCCCAGGCCGGAGCCGGUGGCGCUGGAGCGGGUCUGUGUGGGUCCGAAGCGUUUUACUCCUGUUGGGGGGGCUCCGGGCCAGCGCCACAUCUACUCCCGUCUCCUUGGGCAGUUCCCCUCCCUGCCGGCACCACGUCCCCUCUGACACUGAGGUCAUAAAUAAAGUUCAUCUUAAGGCAAAUCAUGUAGUCAAGAGAGAUGUUGAUGAGCAUUUAAGAAUCAAGACUGUCUAUGAUAAGAGUGUUGAAGAGUUGCUUCCUGAGAAAAAGAAUCUUGUAAAGAACAAGCUUUUCCCACAAGCGAUUUCUUAUUUAGAGAAGACUUUUCAGGUCCGUCGACCUGCGGGCACUAUUUUACUUAGCAGACAAUGUGCAACAAACCAAUACCUCCGGAAGGAAAACGAUCCUCACAGGUACUGCACCGGGGAGUGUGCAGCACACACAAAGUGCGGCCCCGUUACUGUUCCCGAGGAGCAUCUCCAGCAAUGCCGGGUCUACCGUGGGGGUAAGUGGCCUCAUGGAGCAGUAGGUGUGCCAGACCAAGAAGGCAUCUCAGAUGCAGACUUUGUUCUUUACGUUGGUGCUCUGGCCACUGAGAGAUGCAGCCAUGAAAACAUCAUCUCUUAUGCAGCCUACUGUCAGCAGGAAGCAAACAUGGACAGGCCAAUAGCAGGAUAUGCUAACCUGUGUCCAAAUAUGAUCUCUACCCAGCCUCAGGAGUUUGUUGGGAUGCUGUCCACAGUGAAACAUGAAGUUAUUCAUGCCCUGGGUUUCUCUGCUGGGCUGUUUGCAUUCUACCAUGAUAAAGAUGGAAAUCCGCUCACUUCAAGAUUUGCAGAUGGCCUCCCACCUUUUAAUUAUAGUCUGGGAUUAUAUCAAUGGAGUGAUAAAGUAGUUCGAAAAGUGGAGAGAUUAUGGGAUGUUCGAGAUAAUAAGAUAGUUCGUCACACUGUGUAUCUCCUGGUAACGCCUCGUGUUGUUGAGGAAGCACGAAAACAUUUUGAUUGUCCAGUUCUGGAGGGAAUGGAACUUGAAAAUCAAGGUGGUAUGGGCACUGAGCUGAACCAUUGGGAGAAAAGGUUAUUAGAGAAUGAAGCGAUGACUGGUUCUCACACUCAGAAUCGAGUACUCUCUCGAAUCACUCUGGCAUUAAUGGAGGACACCGGCUGGUAUAAAGCAAAUUACAGCAUGGCUGAGAAGUUAGACUGGGGCCGAGGAAUGGGCUGUGACUUUGUCAGGAAGAGCUGUAAAUUCUGGAUUGAUCAGCAGAGACAAAAGAGGCAGGUGCUGAGCCCUUACUGUGACACGCUCAGAAGUAACCCACUGCAGUUAACUUGCAGACAGGACCAGAGAGCAGUUGCCGUGUGUAAUUUGCAGAAGUUCCCUAAGCCUUUACCACAGGAAUACCAGUACUUUGAUGAACUCAGUGGAAUACCUGCAGAAGAUUUGCCUUAUUAUGGUGGCUCCGUGGAAAUUGCUGACUAUUGCCCUUUCAGUCAGGAAUUCAGUUGGCAUUUAAGUGGUGAAUAUCAGCGCAGCUCAGAUUGUAGAAUAUUGGAAAAUCAACCAGAAAUUUUUAAGAACUAUGGCGCUGAGAAGUAUGGACCUCAUUCCGUUUGUCUGAUUCAGAAAUCAGCAUUUGUUAUGGAGAAGUGUGAGAGGAAGCUGAGUUACCCAGACUGGGGGAGCGGAUGCUAUCAGGUUUCUUGUUCUCCUCAAGGUCUGAAAGUUUGGGUCCAAGAUACUUCAUAUUUGUGUAGUCGGGCUGGGCAGGUCCUCCCCGUCAGUAUCCAGAUGAAUGGCUGGAUUCACGAUGGAAACCUGCUCUGCCCGUCGUGUUGGGACUUCUGUGAGCUCUGUCCUCCAGAAACAGAUCCUCCAGCCACUAACCUGACCCGAGCUCUGCCACUGGAUCUUUGUUCCUGUUCCUCGAGCCUGGUGGUCACCCUCUGGCUUCUGCUAGGCAAUCUGUUUCCUCUGCUGGCUGGAUUUCUUCUGUGUGUAUGGCACUAGGAAUGGAAAAGUGGAUCUUCAAGAUAUUCUUUUAUGUUAUAUUCUUGUGAACAAAGCACAAAGUUUGAGCGAGUGCCAACCUAUGCAGAUGGUAGAAGUGGCAUUCCUGGCUUUGGCUUGGAAGAGUUGAUGGCCAUCAGACCUUGAAGCAGAACUUCACAGCAGCCUGUCCUCAUCAGCAACCCAACCACCUUCAUCAGCAACCCAACACCUUCAUCCGCAACCCAACCACCUUCAUCAGCAACCCAACCACCUUCAUCAGCAACCCAACCACCUUCAUCAGCAACCCAACACCUUCAUCAGCAACCCAACACCUUCAUCAGCAACCCAACACCUUCAUCAGCAACCCAACCACCUUCAUCAGCAACCCAACCACCUUCAUCCGCAACCCAACACCUUCAUCAGCAACCCAACCACCUUCUUCCACAACCCAACCACCUUCAUCAGCAACCCAACCACCUUCAUCAGCAACCCAACACCUUCAUCAGCAACCCAACACCUUCAUCAGCAACCCAACCACCUUCAUCCGCAACCCAACACCUUCAUCCGCAACCCAACCACCUUCAUCAGCAACCCAACCACCUCGUCAGCAACCCAACACCUUCAUCCGCAACCCAACCACCUUCAUCAGCAACCCAACACCUUCAUCAGCAACCCAACACCUUCAUCCGCAACCCAACCACCUUCAUCAGCAACCCAACACCUUCAUCCGCAACCCAACCACCUUCAUCCGCAACCCAACCACCUUCAUCAGCAACCCAACACCUUCAUCCGCAACCCAACUACCUUCAUCAGCAACCCAACACCUUCAUCAGCAACCCAACCACCUUCAUCAGCAACCCAACCACCUCAUCUUGGAGAAGGAGAAGGAACUGCAAGCCACCAAGUCUUCAUUUUUCAGGAUUUGUAAUCUUCCCAAAGUUUUCCUUUGAAAAUAGGAUAAUGGGUGGAAUUUUCAGAGUGAUUACAUACCUCAACAUUUUUAUUAACAUACAACAAUGGGAAAGUUCAUCAUCCAUAUACUGCAGUAACUUAAACAACAGCCAAUUAUUGCAAGAUUAGAAUUGGAGAUCUUGUCCUCAAAAGUAUAAAUUGUCCUUUGAUUUAUAGAAAAUAAUUGAAUUGGGAUUUCUACAUACCAUUAUUAUACCUAUUUUAAAUUUAAUGGCAGCCAGGCAUGGUGGUGCCUGCCUGUAGUUCCAGCUACUUGGGAGGCUGAGGCAGGAGGAUUGCUUGAGCCCAGGAGUUCAAGGCUGCAGCGAGCUAUGACUGCACCACUGUAUUCCAGCCUGCACAAUAGAGUGAGAACCUGUAUCUUCAAAAAAAAAAAAAAUUAAUGGCUGUAUAUAGUAAACUUAAUUCACUGUUCCCAUUGUUUGUUCUAAAGAAUUUUUUAAAAUAAUGUUUCGUUAAAUCUUAUGAUUUAACCGUGCUUGCCCUUUUUGCCAGCUAUGUGGCAGUUUACGGCAGAACUGCUGUCAGUGUGCUGGUAGCCCUCUAUUCAUCCCUCUUGAGAGCCCAGCUUCCAGAACUGCUAUCAAUGUGCUGGUAGCCCUCUGUAUUCAUCCCUCUUCAGAGCUCAGUUUCUGGUUGUAUUCUCCAUGAGUUUAAUAAUGACAUGAAAAAAUGUGGAAGCCGAGAGAGUAAAAUACUCUGCCCUUUAAAAACAUGGAAGACAUGCAAACAGAAAAAAAAGUAAUUGUAUUCUUUUAGAUAAUACUUAAGACAACUGUGAUCCAACAAAAACAGAACUAUUCCUUUGUGACCAAUGAAGAUAAAAAAUUCUGGUAAAGGCAGGUAUGCAGUUUUUAAAAAUGGGUUAAGAAAUUGUUGCAGAAGAAUUUCUAACAUCUGAAAAUGGUUUUAUAUAUAAGAAGAGUGGUCUGAAUUGUGUACUAAUAGCAAGGUAUAAGUUUGGUGUAGAGACUAUCCAGUAGCGUCCACUGUGCCACUUUAAGACUCAGUCCACAGAAGCUGGAAGAUUGCCUUUGCUUUAAAUAUCCUUUACCUUCUGCAUUUGACACUCCUAUUACUACAUAGAUUCCGGUCCCCAGAAGCAAUUUUACACUGGUACUAGAGCUUAUCAGCCCCAUUUAGUAAUUCCUAUUUGAAAUUUCUUAAUGUCUAGAUGAGGUUUAACAAGAAUAUGAAAAGAAAAAACACAAAAUAUAUUCAUGAAUGAUAGGCGAUGCCCAUUCUUUCUCUCAAGCUAACGAAGUCCUAUGGCAUUGUAACCACAGCCCUCGGACAGACUGUUUCUAUUCCUCCAUGGCAUUGUAACCACAACCCUCGGACAGACUCCUAUUCCUCCAUGGCAUUUUAACCACAGUCCUCGGACAGACUCCUUCUAUUCCUCCAUGGCAUUGUAACCACAACCCUCGGACAGACUCCUAUUCCUCCAUGGCAUUUUAACCACAGUCCUCGGACAGACUCCUUCUAUUCCUCCAUGGCAUUGUAACCACAACCCUCAGACAGACUCCUCCUAUUCCUCGAUGGCAUUGUAACCACAACCCUCGGACAGACUCCUUCUAUUCCUCCAUGGCAUUGUAACCACAACCCUCGGACAGACUCCUAUUCCUCCAUGGCAUUGUAACCACAACCCUCGGACAAACUCCUUCUAUUCCUCGAUGGCAUUGUAACCACAACCCUCGGACAGACUCCUAUUCCUCCAAGACAUUGUAACCACAACCCUCGGUCAGACUCCUCCUAUUCCUCCAAGACAUUGUAACCACAACCCUUGGACAGACUCCUUCUAUUCCUCCAAGACAUUGUAACCACAACCCUUGGACAGACUCCUCCUAUUCCUCCAUGGCAUUGUAACCACAGCCCUCAGACAGACUCCUAUUCUUCCAUGGCAUUGUAACCACAACCCUCGGACAGACUCCUCCUAUUCCUCCAUGGCAUUGUAACCACAACCCUCGGACAGACUCCUAUUCCUCCAAGACAUUGUAACCACAACCCUCGGACAGACUCCUUCUAUUCCUCCAUGGCAUUGUAACCACAACCCUUGGACAGACUCCUAUUCCUCCAUGGCAUUGUAACCACAACCCUUGGACAGACUCCUUCUAUUCCUCCAUGGCAUUGUAACCACAACCCUUGGACAGACUCCUAUUCCUCCAUGGCAUUGUAACCACAACCCUCGGACAGACUCCUCCUAUUCCUCCAUGGCAUUGUAACCACAACCCUCGGACAGACUCCUAUUCCUCCAAGACAUUGUAACCACAACCCUCGGACAGACUCCUUCUAUUCCUCCAUGGCAUUGUAACCACAACCCUCGGACAGACUCCUAUUCCUCCAUGGCAUUGUAACCACAACCCUCGGACAGACUCCUAUUCCUCCAUGGCAUUGUAACCACAACCCUCGGACAGACUCCUCCUAUUCCUCCAUGGCAUUGUAACCACAACCCUCGGACAGACUCCUAUUCCUCCAUGGCAUUGUAACCACAACCCUUGGACAGACUCCUAUUCCUCCAUGGCAUUGUAACCACAACCCUUGGACAGACUCCUAUUCCUCCAUGGCAUUGUAACCACAACCCUUGGACAGACUCCUAUUCCUCCAUGGCAUUGUAACCACAACCCUCGGACAAACUCCUCCUAUUCCUCCAAGACAUUGUAACCACAACCCUCGGACAGACUCCUUCUAUUCCUCCAUGGCAUUGUAACCACAGCCCUCGGAUAGACUCCUUCUGUUCCUCUUUUCCUCGUCCUUACCUGCUUUUCGUCCAUUCAGCACAUAGCUAUUUAGUACUCCAUUGAAGAAAUUGUGCUAAGUGAGCAAAGCAGCAUAAUUACUAAGAAUUAAUUCUGAUUAUUUGGCACUAGAGCCAACAGCAACCCCAGUAUAGAGGAAAGUCGCUUUUUUUCAAAUGCAUAAAUUUAAAGUAUGUAUUUGCAUGCAGUUUUAAGCAGGAGGUAUUUGUCAUUGUGAAAAGCUGGGAAUCUCAAACAUAGUCAACUUAACUAAAAAGAAGCUAAUACAACUUGAGCAUUCCUAAUCCAAAAAUCCGGAAUCCAAAUUGCUCCAAAAUCUGAAACUUUCUGAAUGCUGACAUGAUACCACAAGUGGAAAAUUCUACAUAUAAGUACUUAACACAAACUUUGUUUCAUGCACAGACUACUAAAAAUAUUGUAUAAAAUUACUUUCAGGCAGUGUGUGUAGUUAUAUAUGAAACAUGAAUUUCAUGUUUAGACUUGGGUCCCAUGCCCAAGAUACCUCAUUAGGUAUCUGUAAAUAUCCAAAAUCCAAAAAAAAAGUCUGAAAUCUGAAACACUUCUGGUCCCAAGCAUUUCAGUAAGUGAUGCUUGACCUGCGUAAUGGUCUGCGGGCCAGUGCUCAUUUUCUGCCUAUGUUGUACAUACUUUAAAUUGUGCAAAGUCAAAGGAAAGCAAAGAGUCUAUUUUUAAAGAAACUUACAAUAAUCUAAACAUAUACUUCUUAUGAUUAUGAAUCAUCCUGCAAAGCUGUAUAAAGAAUUUUUACCAAAAAUACUAUGAAUUAAUCAUAUAUUUGAGAGUCACAGUGAUAGGUUCGACUAUAUUUUGACUGUUGUGUAGUGGCACCAUUUAGGUAGUAGUGUUUCUGAGCAUGGUGCUUUUUAUACUUGAAAUAUAUUUUUGCUUUAUUUUUUAUUGAUAUAAUUAUAUUUGCACUAAUGGCUUUCUGAAGAAAAUAUUGUAGAUGACAUUUUUUGUAUAUAUAUUUAUUAAGCUUGGGAACCUGGUCGCCCAGUGUUUUCUCUGGACAAAUGUGAAACUGGAUAAAGUAUGGAUAAAGUCUUGAGUUCCUCAGGGUAACUGUGUUGAUGUCUCCCGUCCUCUUCAGUAAGGCUUGAAUAUGAUUUUACUGAUCAUUGAUUCUGCAUAGUGUACCCAGCAAGACUUAGGAGGACACUGAACCUGUCAGAGAUUUUAAGAGGCACAUUUUAGUUGCUUCGAAUAUGAUAGUGGCGGGCGCGGUGACUGAAGCCUGUAAUCCCAGCACUUUGGGAGGCCAAGGUGAGCGGAUCACGAGAUCAGAAGUUUGAGGUUAUGGUGAGCUGAUCGCACCACUGCACUACAGCCUGGAUGACAGAGUGAGACUUUCUUGGGGAAAAAAAAAAUGACAGUGAAGCAGACUUUUAGAAUCUGAGAUGUCAUUGCAGAAUUAUUGGUAUAAACUUCAGCUGCAAAGUGAAGAAAUUGAAAUGGCCCACACGUUGAUAUCCUGUGGCAGGUUAUACUUUUCAUGUUAGCAAAGACAAAGCCAUGUCACUGUGUUAAGAGGGACAGGCUGGGCCGGCUGCAGCUGUAGGAAGUGAGGGACAGGCUGGGCCGCCUGCAGCUGUAGGAGGUGAGGGACAGCCUGGGCCGGCUGCAGCUGUAGGAGGUGAGGGACAGCCUGGGCCGGCUGCAGCUGUAGGAGGUGAGGGACAGGCUGGGCCGCCUGCAGCUGUAGGGGGUGAGGGACAGGCUGGGCCGCCUGCAGCUGUAGGAGGUGAGGGACAGCCUGGGCCGGCUGCAGCUGUAGGAGGUGAGGGACAGCCUGGGCCGGCUGCAGCUGUAGGAGGUGAGGGACAGGCUGGGCCGGCUGCAGCUGUAGGAGGUGAGGGACAGGCUGGGCCGGCUGCAGCUGUAGGAGGUGAGGGACAGGCUGGGCCGGCUGCAGCUGUAGGAGGUGAGGGACAGGCUGGGCCGGCUGCAGCUGUAGGAGGUGAGGGACAGGCUGGGCCGGCUGCAGCUGUAGAAGGUGAGGGACAGGCUGGGCCGGCUGCAGCUGUAGGAGGUGAGGGACAGGCUGGGCCGGCUGCAGCUGUAGUGGAAGUGAUGCAGGGAAGGAAUGGGGAGCAGCAAUUUGGGGACAGUAGACUGGAGUCACUUUCUGACUCAAAAAGGGUCAAGUACUUAUUAAAAACUGACUACCUUGGUUUUCUGUUCAGACUUAGGCUCAUUUUGAUCAUUUUAAGGUCCCAGUUGUCAGAAAUACCAAGUGAAUUUGUCUCAGGUUUUCAGGAACAAAAUUUACAGCAAAGAAGCAAAAGCCAUGUCAGUAGCCUUGAGCUGACAGCUUUUAAAGAAACUGGCAAGCAGGUAGGUUGUCCUCAUAUAGAUCCUUCCAGUAUUCUCCUGAAAAAUAUCCUUUUAUUUCUUAAAACCAGUAACCCUUACAUUUUUCCUAUAGGAUACUUAUUUUUGUUGAGAUCAAAUAGACAUUCUAUAAAUGUUAUAAAUUAUGCUUGCUGUUAGUUUUCAGCCUAUCUAGGCUUAAGGUUUAUCAAUAUUUGAAGUUGAAACAUUUUAUGAGGUUUAGUUUUAGGAAGAUAAAUAAAUAUAUCAAAGUAUUUCAUAAAGUUGUAUCAAUGUUCCUUCUAACAUUAGAAGAUAUACUGACUGAGGCCAUCUGUGAACGACUAGGCGAUCUCUCAGAAUCCUUCCAGCUCUAAUACCCUCUGACUAACACUCACCCAGAAUUGCUGUCUGUGGUGGCUGUGAUCUGCCUCCAGAAGCAUACGCCAUCCUGUGUGCUGUGUUCAUCGCAGUGUCUGUGCUUGGUGCCUUACCACUGUCUGUGUCCUUGGACGCUGAAUGGACAGAGAGGAGCCUGUCUCUCAGGGCACAUGAGUCAUCGUGGCAGGAGGAGACGGGCCUCAGUCACAGCGUCACAGACCCUUGUCACAGUGGACACUAGUCAUUCCUGCCGUGUCCUUGCAGCCCAGGAGGACUAACAAGAUUUUAACGAAGUCUGUGUUACUCAUUCUGAAGAAAAGAACUUACCUGAGAGGAGCAAUAUUUUUUUAAUAUAUAUUGGGUCGGGGAUGGGGAGGGAGUGGUUGUUUUAUGUUUACAUUUUUAAUAAGUAAAAUAGAAGAUUUAAGAACUAAUAUUUAUGAUAUUGAACUUUAAGUGUAAUAUAUUCCUUAGAAAAACACAACUUUAAUAAAAAUGGAAACUAA